GGGCAGUGAACUGUUGUGGUGCGGAGCAUUGGGCUGGUGGCGGCCGGGUGGCCCAGGGGCUGCCGCUGGACUCGGGGCGCAACCGAGUGGCUGCAGGGGUGGGGCGGACCCGAGGCCCUGCGGGGCUCGGGCGCCACGGGUUCGAGGCCGGGCCCCGCGUGCGGGAGGCCGCGCCACCCCCGGGGAGCUGCCCGGCGGUGAGUUUGCCCAGCAGCCGAAAGAAGGCGGGAGCCGGCGGGGGCCCUCCAAACCUUCUGGCAACCCGGGCCCGGAGUCUCCGGGGAGCUGCCGCUUCCUGGGACGCCCUCCCGGACGUCCCCGCUGAAGGGUAACGGUUCUGGGCCCCCGGCAAAAGGAGCUUCAGGUGACCCCCGGCGGGGCCCUGCGAGCCACGGGAGCCAACCUCGGGGCCUGGAGCCGGGGAGGAAGGGGGCUUUCCGGAGACGCGCGGCCGAGGUCCGAGGAGCCGUAGCACGGCGGAACAGAGCCGGUCCCUCCGGGCCCGGGGCAGGGCGGCGCAGCGCGUGCUCUGGAGACAGACUCCGGGACCCUCGGGCGCGGGGGCCUCGGCGACUGCCCCGCGGGGAUCGCGGCCGCGGAGUGGCCUACAGGGGAGCCCGCCCCCGAGAGGCCGGCCCGGGACGGGGAGAUGAACGGCUUUAGCACCGAGGAGGACAGCCGGGAAGGGCCCCCCGCCGCCCCCGCCGCCGCCCCGGGCUAUGGCCAGAGCUGCUGCCUCAUCGAGGACGGCGAGCGCUGCGUCCGGCCGGCGGGCAACGCCUCCUUCAGCAAGAGGGUGCAGAAGAGCAUCUCGCAGAAGAAACUCAAGCUGGACAUCGACAAGAGCGUAAGGCACCUGUACAUCUGUGAUUUCCACAAGAAUUUCAUCCAGAGCGUACGGAAUAAAAGGAAGAGGAAGACGAGUGACGAUGGCGGAGAUUCUCCUGAGCACGACACUGACAUUCCUGAGGUUGAUCUGUUCCAGCUGCAGGUGAACACUCUACGACGCUAUAAACGACACUACAAACUGCAGACCCGACCAGGCUUCAAUAAGGCCCAGUUAGCAGAAACUGUCAGUCGACACUUCAGGAACAUACCUGUGAAUGAAAAAGAGACCCUUGCCUACUUCAUCUACAUGGUGAAGAGUAACAAGAGCAGACUGGACCAGAAGUCAGAGGGCAGCAAGCAGCUGGAGUGAGGGUGCAGCACAUCCUCCAGGAACGCAGUUGAUGCUUGAUGUGCAGGUGAUAUCUGCUACAUUUAAGCCCAUAAAGACUUUUAAGUUUUAUUAUAAAUAAAAACGUUUGAAUGAUA